UUGGUUUCAUCUUACUUUUCAAGUUAGGCUUCCUCUUCUGUUGAUAUAAUAUAUAAGAGAAGCAAAGCGCUCAGAUUUGGCGAGCAGAGGAAGAGCAAUGGCAUCCAUUACCAACAUUUAUUGCUCUACAAGGGAUCUUUUUUGUUCCCAGGGGUACAAAAACUCUAAUUGGCUCAAUGGAUUACACGGUACGAAUCCAUUUGUCACGAAUGUGAAGACAUCAAAUGUGGCCCUGGGGAAUCUGAGUAGAAACUUGUGCUUCAGUCUCAAGGGCAAUGGUGAAGUAAGGGCUACAUUAAUUUCUGGAGAAGGUGAUCUCCUUUCUUAUCCCAAAGGUGGUACAGUGACUGGACAAAGUACUUUGAUUGAUGGGGAGAAGGGUGUCGAGAUGCAACCUGAUGCAAUACUAUUUGGAACACUUGCAGCAGAGAUAAUUCCUUCAACUGAUGCUUUUUUUGUUGAUACAGACGAACAGGAUCUGGAUCACCCUACAUCAGGGUUCUUUUCCAUUCCAGAGGCAAUCAAAGACAUCUGCCAAGGCAAGAUGGUCAUUGUUGUAGAUGAUGAAGACAGAGAAAAUGAGGGAGAUUUGAUAAUGGCAGGAUCCUUGGUGACACCUGAAGCUAUGGCUUUUAUUGUAAAACAUGGAACUGGAAUUGUAUGUGUUAGUAUGAAAGAGGAAGACCUAGAAAGGUUACAACUUCCUUUGAUGGUAACACAUAAGGAGAAUGAGGAAAAACUUCGUACGGCAUUCACAGUGUCAGUGGAUGCAAAACAUGGUACGACCACUGGGGUAUCAGCUCGUGAUAGAGCAACAACAAUAUUGGCUCUUGCCUCUAGAGAUUCAAAACCUGAAGAUUUCAAUCGUCCAGGUCAUAUCUUUCCUCUGAAGUACAGAGAGGGGGGUGUUCUGAAAAGAGCUGGACAUACAGAAGCUUCUGUUGAUCUUGCCAUGCUGGCUGGUUUAGAACCAGUUGCUGUACUUUGUGAGGUUGUAGAUGAUGAUGGUUCCAUGGCUCGAUUACCAAAGCUCCAACAGUUUGCACAGAGAGCGAACUUGAAGAUCAUCUCUAUUGCUGAUUUAAUCAGGUAUAGGAGGAAGAGAGAGAGGUUGGUGGAGAGGGCUUCUGCUGCUCCAUUGCCGCUGAAGUGGGGCCCAUUCACAGCAUAUUGUUAUAAAUCACUGCUAGAUGGUAUUGAGCAUAUUGCUAUGGUUAAUGGUGAUAUUGGGGAUGGGCAGGACAUUCUUGUACGAGUACACUCUGAGUGCCUCACUGGAGAUAUAUUUGGGUCAGCUAGGUGUGACUGUGGGAAUCAGCUGGCACUUGCAAUGAAGCAGAUUGAGGCAGCUGGUAGGGGUGUGUUGGUUUACCUCCGUGGACAUGAGGGAAGGGGCAUUGGCUUGGGCCACAAACUUCGUGCCUACAAUUUGCAGGAUGAUGGAUGUGACACUGUGGAAGCUAAUGAGGAGCUAGGAUUGCCUGUUGAUUCAAGAGAGUAUGGGAUUGGUGCUCAGAUAUUAAGAGAUCUGGGUGUUCAUACAAUGAAGUUGAUGACUAACAAUCCUGCGAAGUACGUUGGGCUCAAAGGCUAUGGUUUGUCAAUUGCGGGCAGGGUUCCAUUGUUAACGCCAAUAACAAGAGAGAACAAAAGAUACUUGGAGACAAAACAUGCGAAAAUGGGGCAUAUUUACAAUCCUGAGUUCAUUGAAAAUCUAAAUGGCCGCCCAGGUGGAAACAAAAAACCAACUGUCAAUAAGCCAUCUGAUGAAGAUUACAAUGACGAUGAUAAGCCAUCUGAUGGCAUAUCCAAGGCAUAAGGCUGUCUGCUGCACACAUGAACUAAGGGUUGUAAAACCAACCAACCAGGAAUUGGGUUUUCAGAAAGGCCUUAUAUGUGGAAAUGGAAGAUCAUCAUCAACCUGCAACGUGAGUAAUUCCAGUAUGUAGAAGGCUUUUAUGCUGUGAGAUUUCUUAGUGGAUUAUCCUCCGCGCAGAAAGGUUGUUAUGAACUAAGUACUGAAUAUUAUCAUUUGUAGAACAAAUUGGCAAAUUUACUUGGAUGAAAUUUCAGGUGAGAUGUUAGCAAGCUUAGGUUUUAAU